UUUGUUGACGGUAGAGGACGGGAAAAGAUGGCGGCUCGCUGGAGUAGCGAGAAUGUGGUGGUUGAGUUUCGGGAUGCUCAGGUAUUUCUGUCUCCAAACUCAGGUGUGACCAGAGUCCGAAUAGCCCGGAGUGGAGGUCUCUGAGGAGAAUUUGGCAAAAACAAAAGAUUAGACCGAGUAAAAGUUUAACACACCGAGGCCGAAAAGUUAAGCUGUAACUGAUGAAAACAGAAGAAUAUCGACUUUAGUUUACUCGAAAUAUUUAGUUAACGGAAAGGCGUAAUCGAUUAAUGGUUUAGGUCAAGCUAUAGGAUACAUGAAGCAACUCAAUCCCCUUCAUCCUCUGGUGGAUUUGUGCUUUUCUGUCUUAUUUUAUUUUACUUAAAACAGAGGCGAAAAUCACUCAUUAAAGGUUUUGUAGACUAUUUUACCUGGACUGACCUGAAAUUUGUGAUUGUCUAAGUUUAACAUAGUUCCAUAAUAGAGCAUGAAGCUAAUGUGUACUGUACAAUAUUUAUCAGCAUAAAAUGUCGAGUUUACCUAAUAAAGGGACAAUAGAAAAUACGUAUCCACAACAAAAAUCUACAAACCAGUUCUACUAGGAAAUAAAAACAUGGUAGUCUUAGACGGAUUACAGCCCCUGACCUUUGUAGUGAAGGGUUUUAGAUCUGUGAUUAUUUUGGUUCAGUUGGUAAUUUAUUCCAGAGUUUAGAGCCUUUAAGAGAGAAAGCUGACUGUCCAAAUAUUGUUGAUUACAAACUUAGUUUCUUACAGGGACUAUUUUUCUACAGCUUUCAUGAAAAGAGUCCUUUUUACAUGACCUACUGAGUUUAAAAAAAAAAAACUUAACUAAUGAAUAAUUUCAUAUAUUUAAAAUAUUCACAUUAUUACAGACAAGGCGCAUUUAGUGUUCUUCACAAUAGAAAUAUCCAAUAACUGGUACAACAUACAAAGAUACACGCUGUUGGUAAGUUCAGGAGUCUAGUGUAUUUUUCCAAAUUACAUUCUUAUACAUUCAGACAAAAAGUUCAACAAAGUUCAGAAAACGCCACAUGAUCUGAGACACAGAUUAAAGAGAGGACUCUUUUCCAGAAUCCCAAAUCGCAUACUUCCAUACUAAAUGCUAAAUUGAGUAUACUAAGCUUACUAUGUACUCAGUCGCGCAGCGGGCGAGUUUCAAGGGUGCAGUGCUGUCCCAAAUUGCAUACUGCUGCGCGGCGCACUCACCGGAAAUUACAGACGAACAGAAACUAAAGAAAUAAUGACAAUAUGCUGCAGACAAACCUCCGUGGCUGAUACUGCCUCUAGUCACAGGCUAGCAGCCUCACUGGUUGUAUAGUCCAUGAGCAGGCUCUGCUGCCCUGCUGGUUAGAUCAAAAUCACAUUUUUCUUCUUUGUUUUCAGGCCACUGCCAUGUCUGUGGACUGUCUGGGCUCACAUGCUGUACUCUCUGGGUAAGUUUUACCGCCUUGAAUGCACCAAAGUUUUAACCAGAUUAAUAUGUGUCAAUGUAGAGACAGCCAAGUCCAGACUGACCGAAGACAGGAACUCUGCAUGAGCAUAAAAGGCCAAAUCAUGUACAUAAACUGCGUAUUAAUGAUGGUAAUUUGGUGUGAUUUGUUAGAAAGGGACAAGAUAAUGAGUCAGGAAGUUUAUAAUGAACCAGGAGACACUCAACAACCUCUUGUGUCUCCUUGUUUUACUGGUUCUCAGGAGACGUUUCCUCUACCUGGUGAACCUCGAGGCUCCAUCAGAACCGCCCAGGAAAAUCGGCCGGCAGAGUAAAUGGGACGUGGGGACGGUUCAGUGGAACCCUCACCGGUCAGAGUCUCACGUCUUUGCAGCCUCGGUGAGUUUGUAGGAUCUCAGACAACCUUCAGUGGGAGCAAACACAAACACCUGAGUGUCACUGAGAGUGUUUGUGUGUGUGUGUGUGUGUUCUGCAGAGUAACCAGCGAGUGGAUCUGUACUCAUGGAGGGAAGGCUGUGGAGAAGUUCACACCUCACUGCAGGCUCACACCCGCGUCAUCAGGUACUAACAGACCACCACGUUGUGUUCAUGGACUCUCUGUGAUCGUAACAUAACCGUUGAUAACUGUCGUGAUGAGCUUCCCCUGACUCUCUGUGUUUGAACCUUCAUGUCCUCAGCGAUCUGGACUGGUCCUGGUUUGAACCCGAGUUCCUGGUCACCAGCUCUGUAGACACCUACAUCUACAUCUGGGACACACGGUGAGAAGACAAAGAGAUUUUUGACGUUUAAGCAGCAGCUUUAUCCGUCAGCUGAAGUCAGUCUGGUUCUGCUCUAAACGAUCUGUUUGACUCCACAGAGACACUCGGAAACCUACGGUCGCUCUGUCUGCUGUGGGUGAGUACUGACAUGUUUAUUUUUCACUUCUGCUGAUGUUUGUUCUGGUUUGAAUCUUCUCUCUUUCGUCCACCACGGUAAACUCUUAAAUUAACGCUCCUCUGCUGCUGUGUGAUUCUACCAGCUGUACCAAAAAAAAAUGACUCCCUGUAUGUAAAAAAAGGACAAUUUUGGAAAGUUAGACCUCUAAUUUCAGAUCAGAUAUUGUCAAAGAUAAUCAGCUUAAAUUGAUUGAAAUGUUCAUUUUGAGGAUGUUAGAAAAAAGGAGGAAGAAACAAGUUUUUAUACAAUUGCAAACAGACAAUGACGGUCAGUUCAUUACAGUCUAGAAAGAGGAACAUUUAUUGGUCUUAGGUCACUUGCAGAUUAGAGGCGCUCUCCAGGUGGUUUUUCUUCUUCUUCACAAAUAAACAAGGAGGGAAACCAUGAGGAGUCUUCACUCCUUUCUCCAUCUCCUCAUCUCGCUCUCUUGUUUCCAGCCGGGGCGUCCCAGGUGAAGUGGAACAGGAAAAACCAGUACCUGCUGGCGUCCAGUCAUGAUGGAGAUGUUCGAAUCUGGGAUAAAAGAGUGAGUGUGAGACCCGUUUCUGAUCUGACCCCCUCGAGACUGAGGCGGUUCUGUUUGUAAAAGUCUGAUCCUGUCUGAGCAGAAGCCGAACACGGCGGUGGAGUACGUGGCAGCUCACCUGUCCAAGAUCCACGGCCUCGACUGGCACCCGGACAACGAGUUUAUCUUUGCCACAUCGAGCCAGGACAACUCAGUGAGGGUGAGAAAAACAAGCGUCCCUGAACACAUCGCUGACCAUGACGUUUAAAUCCAACCAGGAUCCAAAAAAGAAAGAAAAACGUCGAGCAGCAAAAAGGAAAUGGACUUUUAGUUGUUUUUGUGUCCAGCCCUGAUUGUCUCGUUGUGUUUGUGUGUUUAGUUUUGGGAUUACCGACAGCCCAGGAAGUAUCUGAACAUCCUGUCCUGUCAGGUGCCGGUGUGGAAGGCCCGGUACACGGUGAGUAACAGAGAGCGUGUCAGACUGACCUUUUAGCAGGGAUACUGAGCUUCACUGACCGUCCAAUCAGAGAACAAAAUCACAGCCGUAGACGGAGAUUUCAUUCGUCGUUAUUAAACGAGUAUUUCCCGUUUGUGCGUGUCUGUUUCAGCCGUUCUUUAACGGUCUGGUCACAGUGAUGGUUCCUCAGCUAAGGAGAGAAAACAGCCUGUUACUCUGGAGUACGCUCGACCUCAACAACCCCGUCCACGCCUUCGUAGGACACGAUGACGUGGUGCUGGAGUUCCAGUGGAGGCCGCAGAAAGAAGGUGACAUUUAGGAAGAGUGUACACGCAUCCUGAUAAGAAAAAUUACAAGGGGACCAGGAAACUUGGGCUGAUUUUUUUUUGUCCUUUGUAGGCUCAAAGGAUUACCAGCUGGUCACCUGGUCUAGAGACCAGACUCUGAGGAUCUGGAGAGUGGACCCUCAGCUGCAGAAGGUCGGUGUGGAGCCUCAGAGAUGUCUCUUCUUGUCCUGCCUCCGAUUCUGAUGUCAGUGUGUUGUUGUGGUUGUGUAGCUGUGUGUCAGUGACAUGGAGGACCUGAUGGAGGGGAUGUCUCUCACCGUGGAGUCGGAGAAGUCUCUGUCGUCACAGGAGCCUGAGAGUCAGCUGGGCGUUGGCCUGUCGGCGGACUCUCUGCUGGGUGAGGAAACUUCCUGUCUGAUGAGCCGACCUUGAGCUGACCUUGUCUUUACAGUCAGUCAGCCGGACUCUCUCCUCUUGGUUUGACUCGCCCCUGUUGUUUUCUCCAGAUCAGGACUCUGGAGGUCGUCCGGACUCGGUCGGGGGUUCAGGUCUGACUCAGACUCUGCAGCAGGAGUUCUCUCUGGUGAAUCUGCAGAUCAGAAACGUCAACGUUGAGGUGAGGCUGAUAUCUGCUUUAUUCAGUCAUCUGGUUCUCGGCGUCUGUGUGUCUGUGUGAAACUCGGCGUGUUUUUCCUCUGUUCAGAUGGACGCGUUAAACCGCAGCUGCGUGGUGUCGGCUCACUUCGGCAGCCAUCAGGUUCACCUGGUGGUGAAGUUUCCCGCUCAGUAUCCCAACAACGCCGCACCAUCCUUCCAGUUUGUCUCUCCGACGACCAUCUCCUCCGCCAUGAAGAUCAAGAUCCAGAAGGUACAGACGCUCCUGAAUGCACCACAGAACCCGGUUUAGUUUGUCUGAAUUGGACCUAAAUUGGGCCGAUGCUCACGGGUCUUUGUUUACUUCUCUUCACGAUCAGAUCCUGACCGACACGUCUCUGCAGAAGGUGAAGAGAAACCAGAACUGUCUGGAGCCGUGUGUCCGACAGCUGGUUUCCUGUCUGGAGUCGGACAUGGUGGGUGAAUGUUUUUACCGCCUCACGCUGAUAUUUCGACUCCAUCCUCAUUGUGUGUUUUUUUUCUCACAGACACAGGAGGACGGUCCAGCCUCUGGCCCCUUCGUCCUGUCCAAUCCUGUCACCCCGGCGCUGCAGGCGUUUCCCCGAGUCACCAACACGUACGGCUCCUAUCAGGUAACCACCACGCCGACUCUGCUGCACAGAUUUAUCCUCAGGAGAUCAUGAUGUGCAGCAGAAGUUUGAGCUCCUGCAGUGAGUUCCUUUCAGUCUGUUCCUCCUUUAUCUCCAGGACGCCAACAUCCCGUUCCCUCGAACAUCAGGCGCUCGGUUUUGCGGCACUGGCUGCCUUGUUUACUUCACCCGACCAAUCACGAUGCACCGCUCUGUCCCACCCACGGAACCCACCCCCAGGUAGGAAGACACAGAAGAGUUUAAGUCUGGAUAUUAUCACUCGUACUCAAGCUUAGGCUAAGUAGAUCCUGGACCUGUGUGUGUGUGUGUGUGUGUGUGUGUGUGUCUGUGUGUGCAGGUCCCUGUCAGCUCUGUCGGCCUAUCACAGCGGAGUGCUGACCCCCAUGAAGAUCCGUUCAGAGUCUCAGAGCACCCUGAGGUUGUACAGCGGCAGCCCGACUCGCUCCGACAAAGACACCGUCUCAAUUUCCUCCUUUUACUAUAAAGAAAGGGUGAGACACACACACACACACACACACACACACACACACACACACACACACACACACACACACACACACACACACACACACACACAGGAGUGGAGUCUGCCAUAAAUACAGUAGAGUUUAAAAAACAAACACCUUGAGCUGCUCCCACAUGAUCUUGUCCUUCUUGUUCUGGUGAGUAGUUUAAAGGCAGCUGGGAAUGUGGAGCGCUUUUCAACAUCAGAAACUCUUACCAGGAACCCUCCAGGAACCAGGAACUAAAUUUAAUGACAGGGUAGUGGAUCAACCUCUUUGAAAGUCCCUCCAUCAGACAGUCUCAGGUCGUGGAUUCACAUCAGAGGAGGAUCCUGUAGUUCAUCUCAAACCACCUGAUGAUCAGAUUCUGGACUCCGACACAGCCUCUAAAUGUCCUCACAGACACCAGCUGAUCAGAGCGAAGUCUUCUCCUACUUUUCAUCACUUUCAGUUUUUUUCUUCAAACGAUGUCAGUGCCCCGUCUCUCUCUCUCUCUCUCUUUCUCUCUCCUCUCUCUCUCCAUCAUGGGCCCCUCUUUGUUUGUUUGUUCUUUUUUUAUAUUAUUCUUACUGUGUUUUUCUCUGGCCAAUCACAUGCCCCCAUGCUGCUGCGGGCCACGCCUCCUUCCUAUUCUCCUUCAAUCAGAAGCUCCCAAUCUCUGCCUCCCGUCGCUGGUCUGUCCAAACCCUCCAUGAUUGGCCGGUAUUGAGCCUCUGUCCUUUAUCGAACCGCUCAUCCCUCCUCUGUUUCUCCUCCAUCUCUCUGAGCUCUCCUCUUAGUUUCUCUUCUUGCAGUUUUAACAGUUUUUUGCAUGCCACAGCUUCAACGUCAAAAUAACCGUGUGUGUGUCCUCAGUUUGGAUUUUGAUGCAGGACCGUCAGUCGGAUAAGUUUGUAGCUUCUGUCUGAGUUUCAGGGCGAGCUUUUACAGCGAGAUCCUUUACAGUGAGAGUCUUGGACGUGUUUAUCUCAGAGCUCUGCAGCUUAUAGACUUUCAUAAAAGGUUCGUCUACUAAUGUAUGCAAACUGAAACAUAUAAUGCUUUCCUGUUUGCUCUAAAGCUGCAAACUAACAUUUAACAUCAACAGCAGGAGCUUUUCUGUGAUUGCCAGAAGAACUCAUGUCUGUGUGACUUUAAUUCAAACAUUUAUUCUGACAUAAUUGAGCUUUGCAGGCGACUUACCAGUUAGUCUGUAAUCUGGACGCUAACCGUGUGUUCACACCGCAAGAGACAGAGUCACGAUGGAGGCUUUUGAGGCAUGUGGGAAACCCUGAGGAAGCUGGGGAUGUCUCAGAGGGACAUCAUUACCGGGACAAUCUGGUUGUAAAGUAGCAGGAAAGAAAGGAGCCUGAGUAAUCCCAAACACGCUGAAACUGUUUUUCCUCGUCCUCCAUCAGCCGCUGUCUCGCAGUGUGAACACUCUCCGACAGUAAUUUAUCGUUCGGACCACUUUUAAUCAAGUGGUGCUUUUUUUUUGUCUCCUCCGGGCCCACCGUCUCCCUCCUCCUCCUCCUCCUCCUCCCGUCCGUCCGUAUGUCUCUAUGUCCAUCAGAAAUCCAGGAGGUUCAAGACGAAGCGAGAAGACCACGGCAACCGACCCAUCAAACUCGCCGGAAAGGUCAUCAUCCAGGAGAUCUCCUGCCUGCUCCCCGUCCACAAGGCCUUAGGAGAGAGCUACAUGUGAGAACGCAAACAAAACUGACAGUUCAUAAAAUACUCUGUAGGAUCAACACGUUUAUUUUCAAACUGAGUGACGUGACCCUAAAAUGCAAACUCUGAUCGUGUUACUUUAAAGCUGUCAGCUGCAUGAAAUUAUUAUCUUCUGUCCCGCUCAGCCUGAACAUGAACGACAUCCAGGACACGUGCCAGAAGAACGCAGCUGCGGCGCUUACGGUCGGACGCAGAGACGUAGCGAAGGUUUGGAUUAUAUCAUCCUGCAAAUGAAACAGACAAGCAGCUGUGACUCUGAGCUGUAACUUCUUUUUAUGAAGUUUCUCUAUACAGCUGAUAACACACCAGUCCAUCAUCUCUGUGUGUGAUUUUGCAGGUGUGGGCUCUUGCAUCUGCAGCAACUAAUCAGGACCUGAGUCCAGAUUCAGACCCGGACACAGAGACCCCCUGGGCUAGACACCCGUUUGGACGUCAACUCCUGGAGACCCUGUGAGUUUAUCAGAGUUCUUUCUUUUCUUUGGAGGACACUGAACGGAGAGGGUAAAAAUGGAGAGUGAAAACGGUGAAAUAUCAAAGUCUGUCUGGUGUGUGUUUGUGUCCAGCUUGGAUCACUACAGUCAGAUGAGCGACGUUCAGACUCUGGCCAUGCUGUGCAGCGUGUUCAAAGCUCAGGCUUCACCUGCAGACUGUUACUCUCUGUACGGACAUCAUCCUCCGCGCUCCUCCAUGUUCCCUCCACACUCCAGAUAUGUGAGUCGUUUAUCCAUCCUUCAUAAAAUCACUCAGAUUUAUUUUACAGAUAUUUUUUGCUCAUUCCCUCCUUAACUCAGCCCAGCUACACGUCCAGCUCGGUCACCUCUGGUUCCUGCUCCAGCACCUCUGACUCCAUCACAACAACCACCUGGAACACAGGUGAGACUCCACAGCACCACCCGCAGGCCGGCUGCUGAACUACAUCACUGUCACCUCCUCUAAUGUUCUUGUUGUUUGCAGGGAGAGACUCUGAUCACGUCAACCCUUGGGGUGAGUCUUCUCCUGACGACUAUCGCUAUGGUAACCAGGGCUAUACGGAUCCACGGGAACGAGAGCGGGAGCAGCACGACAUGAACAAAAGGUGAUGUAGUGAAGGUGGAUCUGAAGCUUUCAGCAGGAUGAUCUGGUUUGAAAUAAUUGUGUUUUCUCCUGCUGCAGACUGCUGGACCCGGCCAACAUGCUGCAGUUUGACGACUUUAAGAAAUGUUACGGAGAAAUCCUGUACCGCUGGGGUCUGAGGGAGAAAAGAGCGGAGGUGCUGAAGUUCGCCUCCUGUCCUCCUGAACCUCACAGAGGCAUCGGUGAGUUAGAAACUUCUCACUCACUGUGAAAAGUGAAAAAAGAAACCCCUCACAGCGGUUACAGUCUCACAAACCACAGGAUAGAAGUCGUUUAUCUUGUUUUGUUUGCUCUAAAAAUGCGUCGCUGUAAGUUUUAGUUUGUUUCCUCACAGCAGCUUUAAAAUGAACUGACUCUCUCUCAGUAUGUAAACACCAGCAGAGUCUUCAGGGUUAAGAGCUGAUAGAUAAUUAUGAUGCUGUCGUUCUCCCCUCCCCGUCUCUCUCUGCAGAGUUUGGCGUGUACUGCUGCCACUGUCGCAACCCGGCUCGAGGAACCCAGUGCGCCAUGUGCAAACGUCUCACCUUCCAGUGCGCCAUCUGUCACGUAGCGGUCCGCGGCUCCUCCAACUUCUGCCUGAGCUGUGGUCACGGAGGACACACCAGUCACAUGAUGGACUGGUUCCGCCGGCAGGACGAGUGUCCGGCUGGCUGCGGCUGCCACUGUCUGCUGCAGAGCACCUGCUAAUACGACCUGUGUGCCCUGCUGGAUAAAACCAACGCACCUCCGAGAGAGGAGGGAGGGGUCUGAAGAAGAGGAGGCACAGCUCCACGCACAGAUACUCUCGUUGAAGGAUAACCAUGGUCCUCUGAGGCUGAAGAAACCUGAUGACGGGGUUCCCAUGAAGAGGAAGCGUUUUCUCGUUUCCUCCAGAAGAAAUCUUGAGUUCCAAAUCUGCGGUUUAGGCGUCUGUAUCUCCAAGGACACGAGGUCGUUUGUUAUUGUCGUUUUUGAGGCACGGCUCAAGAUUUCAGGUUCAUGUGGAGAUUUUUAGAAAAUCUAAAACCUCUCUCUCUAAUCGGACUCUGACACUUGCUGCUUUCUUCAGUGUUUGACACUAACAAUCAUUUUUUAACUAGAACUUGUACUUUCUGUGAAAUCACGGUGCCCUUAAGUGUCCCAAAUCAGGAGGCCGUCGGUCUGAUGAAACAGAGAAAAUCAGUCCCUUUACCUCAUGUAGAAGAAGCUUGAACGAGACGAUUCUCAGAGGUGAAGAAUCAAGUCCACCAUCAGAUCCGGGUCAGGCAGGUGUGGACUCGGUUCAGUGGUCGUCUGAUGUUAGUUUACUGCCGUUUCAGAUUCAAAGGGGCCUUAAAUGAAACUCAGCGCUGCAGUUUUUUAAUGUGAAGCAGAGAAAAGAAAGUGAACUCUGCAGAAGAUGAAGUCUGUGUGAAAACGGGACGAAUGUUCCUGAUGUAAAAUUAUAUUAGUAAAAAUAUGUUUGAAUUCAAA